CAGAGGCUUUUAUUGUGAAAUCUGCCUCUAUGCGGAAGCAGACUGUUAGCUUCAGGAAACCAGUUGGAGGAAAAAGAUUUUCCUUCUCCUGGAAAAAACUCCUCCACACUAAGCCCAACAAAGGCCGAAGAAGCUAAAAACCCGCAGCUAAUGGACCGCUGGAAAACUGCACAAAUCCUUAGUCGAUAGGACGCGAAGCUGCCAAAUUGUCGGGCCGGGUCCGGAACCAGAACCAGGCCCCAGACUGGACCCCGGACGUAAGCAGCGCUGCGACACCGGAGGGUUGAUGUGUGGGUGAGGGAAGUGGCAUGCUGUGGUUAGGGGAGGCUAAACGCGGAUCACCGUGACUUGCUGUCUGUAGAUAGGCGGCGAGUUCUCCGGCGAGUCCAGGCCGACUUGAGAGUUGCAUCCGAUCGGCUGUGAAGGCUCGAAGCUCCGGGAUGGCUCAGCUGGAAGUCAGCCAGACAGGAGCUAGCUUCACCGUGAGCUAACAUCGGAGUUAACCGACAUCAACUUUCAGUCGCUCACAGGCCAGAAAGAAAGAAAGACGGGAAAACAAAUAUGAGUGUCGGAGUGGGGUUUAUGUGAGUGAGCAGGGCUGAUUUUAUUUCGUUUUUACUUGUUAGCAGUUUCCUCGGGCCUGAGCAGCGUUUAUGGAGGGAGUAUAGCUGCGUCGUUAGCCAGCCUCCACCGCCCCAAUGAAAGAAUACAAAGUUGUCGUGCUGGGCAGCGGCGGCGUCGGCAAGUCCGCGCUCACCGUGCAGUUUGUCACCGGCACCUUCAUCGAGAAGUACGACCCGACCAUCGAGGACUUCUACCGGAAGGAGAUCGAGGUGGACUCGUCGCCCUCCGUGCUGGAGAUCCUGGACACGGCGGGGACGGAGCAGUUCGCCUCCAUGAGAGACCUGUACAUCAAAAACGGCCAGGGUUUCAUCCUGGUCUACAGCCUGGUCAACCAGCAGUCCUUCCAGGACAUCAGGCCGAUGCGAGACCAAAUAGUGCGAGUCAAGCGCUUCGAGAAAGUGCCGCUGAUCCUGGUCGGCAACAAAGUGGACCUGGAGUCGGAGCGCGAGGUCGCCGGCUCGGACGGCCGGGCCCUGGCUCAAGAGUGGGGCUGCCCUUUCAUCGAGACGUCCGCCAAGAGCAAGACGAUGGUGGACGAGCUGUUCGCCGAGAUCGUCCGACAGAUGAACUACUCCACACUGCCGGAGAAGCAGGAGCAGUGCUGCACGGCCUGCGUGGUGCAGUGAGGAAGAGAAUCCGUUCAUUUGGACCCCUGCAGGCAUUUUGAAGCACCUGAGGAUAACCUGACGCUGACUAAAACUUACCGCUUCAGGUAAAACGCUCUGUCACAGAGACAGAAGAGACCUAUUUUUGAUAAGUGUUGGAAGAUGCUUCUGCUGCAACCUCAACGGCCUUCGUGACGAGCCUGAACUCAGUCAUACGGACUGACUCCAUGGAGCAGCCCUCUGUGAAUUUCUGUCUUAUUAUUUUUAAUAUUUUCUUUUGUCCUUAUAGAUGGAGGUUUCCUGACAUACUAAGCAGAAGUGUUUUGUGAGGUUGCAGCAUCUUUUUAAAGCUGCUUUAAUCACUAUUAUAUUCUUUAAUAUUACUUGUGUCAUGUCUGAAAUUUGGAAUUUGAUAAAGUAUUUCAUUAUAAUGGAACAUUUAGAUUUUUAAGCAUGCAUACUUAAACCGGUGUGCUGCUCAGGUGUGCUGAUCAUCUUAUCUCAGAGGUUGUUUUUUUUUUGGUUUUUUUUCAUAAAACCUCAGCUAUGUUUUUCUCUUUGGUGUUUUAGACCCUCGUGAAAACGGAGAAACUGGUAAUAUUUACGUUACGGACAAUUGAGUAUCGUCUGCUCCAAAGUGAAAAUGUUAAAGUGAGCCAUUAUUUUUCUGCUUCUGGCCUGAACUCAAGGCUAGCCCGGACGCCGGUCUUCCGCUUCCACUUUUUGUUUUUUUUCUUUUAGGUUUUUGGAACAACUAAAGUCCAACACUCCGAGAUGAGAAACGCGCAUCGCUUUACGUUCGGGACGCGCUCAUUUCUCGUUACAAAUAACUCCCCCUACAAAGUGGUCCGGUGAAAGUUCUGGCGCAGUUCAUCUGAUUCUAACUUUUUGUAUUUUUCUUUUUAUUACAGUAACAUAUUUAUUAAAACAUGACGUGGGUAGCCAGUUUUGAGCUUAAUUUUAUACUAGCUUGAGUUUUUUUCUGAGUUAUCGGGAUCUUUUUUGUUGUUGUUUCUAAGCAGAGAAUUUAACAGAGCCUUAAAUUUCUCCUCAUCCCCCCUGCACCCUUUUGUCAUUUGUCUUUUUAUUUUCUCUAAGAUAAAUCACUGUAAUUAUUUGAAAAUAAACAUGCUGGAACUUCUGUUUUUGUGAUGACACACAGAUAAAGUAUUAUCUUUAAAUGA